AUGGAUUUCUUAACGGAUUUUCCAAGGACUCGGGUAGAAUUUGAUGCGGUUUGGGUGAAUCAAGUGUGUUGGGGAGCAAAAUUAAUAGCUGAAACCACUGAGCAAAUCAAGCAAAUUCGAGCUAGGAUUCUAACUGCGCAAAGCCGACAAAAGAGUUAUGUGGAUCAGAGAAGAAAACCUUUAGAGUUUGAAGAAGGAAAUCAUAUAUUCUUGAAGGUUACUCCAAUAAUUGGGAUUGAAAGAGCAAUCAAAGUAAAAAAGUUGAGCUCGAGAUACAUUGGAUCGUUUGAGGUGUUGAGGCGAAUCGAGCUGGUAGCUUAUCAUGUGGCCUUACCGCCACAUCUUUCUAACCUACUUGACGUAUUUCAUGUGUCACAACUCCGUAAGUGUACACCGGAUGCGUCUCAUGUGUUAGAGCCCGAACCGAUUCAGUUGAAAGAGAACCUGACAUUUCAAGUCACACCAGUAUGA